AUUAUGUUCAAUAAGGUGUAACUAAAAUAAGUUGACUAAGAAUCAUAAAAAGUCUAAACUAUAACAGAAGCAAUGUAAAAAUUCGACGUAAGAUUCCCUGUUCCUGGGAGUCAGAAUCAAACAGGCUCAAUUUUAGCUAUAGAUUGUGAAAUGGUGGAAUGUGAAAAUGAGAUUGGUGCUAGUGUUUAAAUGUUGGCCAGAAUAACAGUUGUUAAUUAUAAUGGUUAUGUUGUCUUGGAUCAAUACUAUAAACCAAGAUUUAAGGUGAUAAAUUAUAUUACACGAAUAUCUGGGAUUACUCCAUAAAUAAUUAAAGAUAAACCAAUAUACAAUGACUUUGAAAAAUAAAAACUUUAACUUUUAUUUAAAGGUAUAAAAUAAAGUAAUAUCUAUAAGAUAAGACAAUAAUUGGUCAUACUUUAAAGAGCGAUUUUGAUGCUAUGGAAUUUAAUAUUGAGGAUUACCAAACAAGAGAUUUGAUGAAAAUAGACUUUUUAAAGUUAGAAGAAGGAUCAAGUAAUAAUAGAAAUAAUAUGAGGGUUUAAAAAAGAUGUGUUUGAAAUAUUUGGGUCAAAAUAUUUAAUAAGGAUAGCAUAGUUCUGAGAU